AUGAACCACCAGAACCCGGAGAUGUACUACCCCCAGCACAUUUCUGGGGGCCAACCUCCGCCUCCCCAGACUGUCACUUCCAACAACCUCACCUCGUACCAGCACCCACCGCAUCUGAUGCAACCCGGACCUAGCAACUACAGCAAUCCAAAUCCAUAUGGCCAGUACCCUCAGUACGCAAAUGGCUUGACAUCGCCUUCUGCCGCCCAAGCAGUGUCGAACCCCAUGGGUGCGGCGCCUUCGGUCCUACCACUUCCUGGAGUUACUGGACAGGCAUCAAUGGCCAACCACUACGCCGGUUUUGAUACCACUGGACAGAACCCCCCUCCUGGCAUGAAACCACGGGUUACCGCUACGUUGUGGGAAGAUGAGGGCAGCUUGUGCUUUCAAGUCGAAGCCCGAGGAAUUUGCGUGGCCCGACGUGAAGCUGGCAUGACAAGAGGUCGACGGGAUGGCAUCCUGAAGAGCGAAAAAGUGCGCCAUGUCGUUAAGAUCGGCCCUAUGCAUCUGAAGGGCGUCUGGAUUCCUUAUGAACGGGCUCUUGACUUCGCCAACAAGGAAAAGAUCACGGAAAUGCUCUAUCCACUGUUUGUGCACAACAUUGGAGCUCUGCUCUAUCACCCCACGAACCAGACCCGUACUAGCCAAGUCAUGGCUGCAGCUGAACGCCGCAAACAAGAGCAGAGCCAAAUUCGCCCUCCCCCCCCUCCGCCUGGCUUGCCGUCUAUUCAGCAGCAUCAGCAAAUGGCUCUUCCCGGCUCACAGACAUCUCUUCCUUCUCACAGCGGCAUGGGUAGCCGCCCAACUCUUGACCGGGCUCAUACGUUUCCCACACCACCAGGUAAUCCAGGCGUAGGUGGCAUGGGUGCUUCUGAUAACUUUGGCUGGCAAGGUCAGGCAAUGAAUGGUGCGCAAGGCACCAACCCACUAGCCAUCGAAACCGGCUUAAACAGCACGCGCUCGAUGCCGAACACACCUGCCACGACACCCCCUGGACAGCCGAUCCAGAAUAUGCAGCCCUACCACCAGGCCAGCCAGGGCUAUGACAACUCCCGUCAGAUGUAUGGUGCUUCUGCUUCUCAGCAGUCGCCGUACCAGAACGCGAAUCCUGCUAACAACGAUCGUAUUUAUAGCCAGCCUAGCUCCUAUCCUAAGAGUGAUAUGGGACCUCCAUCUAGUCGACCCGCCGCGCCUGGUCAGCCUACGGAGCAGCAUGAUGCCAAAUCUACCAACGGUAUCAUGCAGUCUGAGCAGUCUGCACAUGGCCACGAAGAAGAAGGCGAGCCCGAGCAUGAGGCAGAAUAUACUCAUAACAGCGGUGUUUAUGAUGCAUCUCGCUCCUCUUACAACUAUACGGCACCAAGCGUUGGAAACUUGGCCAACGACGCGAACAUCAACCCUGAUAUGACAGGGUCUCCUGGCCACCCAUCUGGCUCUGGGCGGGCGACGCCUCGGACAGCGGCUCCGCAUCAGUCAUACUACCCCCAAAACAAUGGCUACAAUACGCCUCCUCGCGUGCAGCAGACAACCAGCAACCUCUACAAUGUUGUCAGCAAUGACCGAGGUCAGACUAAUGCAGGCCCUGGUGGUGAUGUUUAUGCCCCCGCAGCUGACAUGCCCAACCCUAUGCCCAAUGGCUAUGCGCCACAGCCGCUACUGAUGAAUGGUGCCUCGGGAGGCAUGAAGCGAGGGCGCGAAGAUGAUGAGGACUUGUCCCAAUCUGGCAGCGAAGCCAAUGGUAUGAGCAACGGAGACCUCAAGCGACGAAGGACUAUAAUGGAGACAACUGUGCCGGCUCCAGCCUACGACGCGCUCAACCGACCUGCUCCCGCCAUUACCGCACCUAGAAGGCGGUAA